GUCCCGCCCUUCCUGCCACGCUCGGACCACUACCCUCCCGCGACUCGGAGCGCGGGCCAUGGCGGCGGUGGUGUGGGCACGGUGCUUCUCUCGCGCGUGGCUCUGCAGGAGGGCCGGGCUGGGCUGCGGCCGCCACUACCGCGCCGCGCUUUGCGCCGAGUUGAAGCAGCCCCUGGCCAUUGAGGAGGUCGCCCCCCGCCCUGUCCAGCCUCACGAGGUCAGAGUCGAUGUCCAUUUCUGUGGAGUUAAUUUUGCUGAUAUUUUGGCCUGCUGUGGUCAGUAUCAGGAAAGGCUCCAUCUUCCCUUCACACCUGGAAUGGAGUUUUCUGGGACAGUGUUGGAGACAGGCAGAGAUGUCAGCACAGUGAAAGAGGGAGAUCGAGUUAUUGGCGUUAGUGCCUUUAACGGGAUGGCUGAAGAAUGUGUCAUUGACCAGAAGAGACUGUGGCAGAUUCCAGAAAGUGUCCCUCUCCGAGAAGCUGCUACCUUGCCCAUAUCUUAUGGCACUGCUAUUUUAGCCCUGGAGCAUCGGGCCUGUACCCAGCCUGGGGAGACGGUUUUAGUGACAGCAGCAGCUGGAGCCACAGGCCUUGCCGUGAUAGAUGUGGCAACAAACGUGCUUCAGGCCAAGGUAAUAGCUGCAGCCGGCAGUGACGAGAAGUGCAAGCUGGCAAUGCAGAGGGGCGCACAGUCCAGCGUGAACUACAGUCAGGGCAGCCUGAAGGAGGCAGUGGAGAAGCUGGUGGGCAGUGGCGGGGUGAACGUGGUCGUCGACACCGUGGGAGGAGAUGUCUUCCUGGAGGCUCUCCGCAGCUUGGCAUGGGAGGGCAGGAUUGUAGUGGUGGGUUUUGCUGGAGGCACCAUUGCUUCUGUGCCUGCCAACCUUCUGCUCCUGAAGAAUGUAUCUGCCAUGGGGGUGUACUGGGGCCGAUACCGAGACCAGAACUUUCCCCUCUUCUCCGGGAUCCUUUCCUCGGCUGUUCAGUACUGCCAGCAACGGCGCAUCCAGCCACACAUUGGAGCAGUUUUUAAGCUGGAGGAGGUCAAUGAUGCCUUCCUUCAUGUGACACAGCGCAAAUCCUCGGGCAAGCGAGAGAUUUGGAUACACCCAGAGGAAAGAUCUGGCUGUGUGAAGAUGGAAGCAGAUAUUGGGGCGAUGCAUCUACAAGCCAAGGAAUGCCAAGGAUUGCCGGGAGCCACCAGAACCUAGGAAGAGGCAAGGAAGAAUUCUCCCCUAGAGCCUUCAGAGGGAGCGUGGCCCUGCUGACACCUUGAUUUCAGACUUCCAGCCUCCAGGACUGUGAGAAAUAAAUUCCUGUUGUUUUAAGUGUCUCUUUAUUUGUCGUUAUCUCUCACCCU